AUGUGAAGAGGCUUAUCGUGUGUGACAUCCUUCAAGAAAAACAUGUCAAAGUUCCAAUUCUUUCCAAUCUGGCUCAAAACCCCGAUCAGGUCGUUUUCGUGGUACUCUUUUUGGAGGUCUGAUGUGUUUAACGUUCUCAUUCGGUGUCGAGUGCGCUUUUCGGGUAAAUUUUGUUGAUCUGUUCAAGUUUCUUUGAUGUAUCUACGAUCUUCUGGGUCGAUAUUUUUUGUUAUCGCAUCAAUAUCUGGUGAGUAUAUGUUGCUUUUUGAAGAAAUGAUACUAAUCACAUUAUUUGCUAAUUUUACAGCCCCAUUCAAUUUAAAUUUUAGCUCACCUGCCAAAGAGUCUGCCACGCUUUGAACGAGCGAUAUAGACUCUUUUAUGCUUGAAGUCACUCUUUCAAAAUCUUAACUUAAACUAAACUACUCGGUGUUUAAGAUGUCUAGUGCUGCACCUUAGUAAUAGGGAUUUAGCUAAACUAGUGACUUCACGGAGCCAUCUUGGAAUCGCGGUGGCCAGCCCAACUGGCCAAGCCUUCUAUCAACGCUUCGCCCCAGCCGCCGCACAUCUCACCCAGCGCGUUACCGUUGCCUUUCCCUGACUCAGCUCCUAUGCGCGUUCCGCCUAAGGGUGAUCCUUCCGUGGGGAUGUGCUGAGAGGUAAAACUCUGAGCCUCUUGAAUGCACUGAGGAGCUGUUCUUUUGGUUAUCCCCAAAGUUAAACAGCUAUUGCUAUGCAGAAGUUCUCGAGAGAAAGCCCAACCCCAUAAUAGAAUUCCAUGAGGGAGAGAAAAUUAGCAAAGCUAAUUUCUCUCGAACCGAAUGCCAUUUUAUUUAUCCACUCUUUCAAGCUCAGUUGUUGCUGGCUCGAUAUCAUGGUUAUCUGGUUCAUUUGAUUUUGAGAUUUGCUCGACUUGAAACUGUUCCCUUGCUGAAUGCUCAAUCAGGUAA